AUGUCGAACGACUUCAUCAACAAUUCCAUGCAUUUGCGUACUUCUUCCCGCUCUGCAGCAAAAGCAACAACGACGAGCACACGCUUGCGACAAUGUCCCUGUACGGCUACUCCCGUCGUGCCACACACUCUCUCACCUGAUAGGCCCACACUGUGUGCAUUCACAUCCCCCUGUGCUGGGCUUGACACAACAUUAAACGGAAGCAGUGGCCCACCACUCAUGCUGCCCGAGCCGAGUCUGUCCAUGACUUCCACAUUGCUUUCUCCCUUCGCGCCAGAACGUCCGAGAGACAUACCUCUGCAAUCCAUGACUCAGUUCACCGCACCUCCCGUUAUACGCUGUAGCAAGAGCAUGCAGCGCGCACGCACAGACGCGGAUCCGCUUGCAGCUCAAAUCAGCUCGUUCAACUUUCUGGAUUUCAACCGGGUGCACUACGUACCCUUGGAACGCGCCUUUGCAAUGAAUCUAUCUCUUCACCUCAAGUAG